AUGAAUCGAAGAACACUAGUACUUUCUGGCCUCUUAUUGAUACUAUUAACGUCGCUUUAUAUAAGUUUUUUGUUUCAAACUGUGCCCGGAUUAUUAUUAUCAUAUUCGAACGAACAUAGAUCUAGUUCUUCGAACACGACUUCAAACGAACAUGGCUCUAAUUCUUCGAACACGACUUCAAACGAACAUGGCUCUAAUUCUUCGAACACGAUUUCAAACACAGCUCCAAAAAAUUAUAACAAAACCCUUGGCUUCGAAAACAUUUAUGUUAUUAAUCUUGCUCAUCGACGAGACAGACAUUUCAAGAUGGGGGGCAUAGAGGAUGUCCUUGAAUUGAAUUUCGAAUUUUUUCCGGCCGUUAGCACUAAUGACAGCGAGAUUCUCGAUAAAUAUGAUUUCGAUAUUGCACCCAACCAUAAAUCAUGCUACGUUAGUCAUUAUAGAGUCUACGAAUCGAUUGUCCAUUGGGAAAUGUUAUAUAUUGGACAUUGCUCUUGGGAAAGAGGCGGCAAAUUUAUAGGUGAUGCCGGGAGUUUUCAACUGUAUGAAUCCACAUAUCCAGUUUGCACACAUGCUUACGCAGUUUCUCUCUCCGGCGCUAAAAAGUUAUUAAAUGAACUUCUUAAUCCAUCGUUACCAGUUGAUUUGGAAAUAGUUAAUAAGAUUAAACAAGGAAAUAUCAAAUCAUAUAGUCUUGAACCAUCGGCCAUCGUUCAAUGGAAAUCAAAGGAUAAUCCUUCCGACGUUUCUCCUGGAGCCAAACAAUGGACCUAUCCUCUAAAGAAAUCCACCCUGCAUUACCUUGGGUUUCAUGAAAUUAAAGAUCAAGAUUAA